CACUUUGUCCUUUUUCUUUAAUUUUUUUGUAAACAAAAAGAGAGUCCAUCCUACUUUAUUGAAAGUGGAUAUGAGAUCCGUGAAUCACGAAAUCCACACCGUCCAUCACACCAUUCAACGGCAAGAUCUCAAACUCUCUUUAUCUCCAUCUAUAGUAAAACUAUCUAUAAAUAGCACUACCCAGUAGCACUAGUGAUCUACCAUCACAAACACACCACCCUUAUCUCAUUCAAGCUUAUACUUUUCAUCCUUUUUUCUUUUCUCGAUCACCACCGCUGCAAAAUGGAGGAGGACAAGCCCAAGCACCACUUUUUCCACCACCACAAGGACGGGGAAAAGCCCAUCGACGCCGUCGGCAUCUCCGACACCACUUACAGCACCGACGGGGCGAACGACUACACCGACAGCACCACGGUGGUCGUGGCGGAGGAGCAGCCCGAUUACGGACACGAGGAGAGGGAGCACAAGCACCGUGAGCACUUGGGCGAGCUCGGCGCCGUUGCUGCCGGCGCUUUUGCCUUGCAUGAGAAGCACAAGUCCCAGAAAGACCCAGAGCACGCCCACAAGCACAAGCUGGAGGAAGAGAUCGCGGCUGCAGCUGCGGUCGGGGCCGGCGGGUACGCGUUCCACGAGCACCAUGAGAAGAAAGAGACAAAGAGGGAAGAGGAAGAGGCCGAGGGAAAGAAGCACCACCACAUCUUUUAAGUCUUGUUGCAUGGCCCGUCAGCUUUGAUCUGUGGUCUCUUUGAUCCUUAAAUAAUUAUGUACUUGUGCGUGUGUGUAAGUGUGUGUUUGUUUUGAUUUUCUGUUCAGCCUGGGUUUGAGUCCCCAUGACCUAGUAGUAGUCAAAGAGGUGCCUUCUUGGUUCUCUCUCUUCUGGUGUGAUCAUGUGGACGCUGUGUAAGUUGAGAAUAAUAUUGUUUGAGUGUCUUUGAGAUGUAUGUGUAACUUUAGUAGUAUUUGAAAAUGCUCCUUUUUUUUAUAA